AAAUAUGAACCCAACCGGCGUCACCAGAUUUAAGGAAACAGAAUGACGGCCAAUCAGGCCGAACUGCAACAGGAUCAGUGCGUCGGCCCAAAACCGCAAACGGCGAAGGCGCUGCAUCGACAGCCGCCUUCAGACGGGGGGGGGCUGCUGGUUCCAGUCCAGAUCGCAACAGCUGGCGGGACAAAGGUUACAGGUGAGACCUCGGCUGAUGUAGCUGUCCCGGGUCGAUUUUAGGGAUCCCCGGUGAUGGCUCUCCCUCCUCCUGUGCCCGAGUUCAUCCUGCGGGGGUCCGGAGCCCCUGUUAACACCCUACACUUCCGCUGCGGGGACCCAGGACCCCCGCUGCUCUUCUCGGGGUCAGGGAAAGGGGCCAUCCACGUGUGGAACCUGACCACCAGGAGAGCGGAGAAGGUUCUAGAAGGCCACGGGGGGGCUUCCGUGAUCUGGCUGGACACGCUCGGUUCGAGAGACGCCCUCAUCAGCCAGGGUCGGGACAUGCGGGUGUGCACCUGGGACCUGAGUGAGGGCCGGAGUGAUGUUCUGGACUCCUUCAGCACCGGCAGCGUGGGGUUCUGCCAAUGCUCCCUGCUGCAGAGCUCCGGGCUCAGCCUGCUGGCCCACCCUGGACCCCUCACGGAGGAGAUUAAACUCAUUGACCUGGCCAGCAAAACGCAGGUGUGUUCUCUGAAGCCCGACGCCAAGCGGGGGAUGCUCAUGUGCGCCAAACUGUGGCAGCCGGAUUCUGGCACGGGCCCCCUCCUGCUGACGGGGCACGAGGACGGCUGGCUGUCCCUGUGGGACGUGUCCCAGCGGAGGCCCCUGUCCGGCCUGGCCGCGCACCCCGAGCCCGUCAUGUGCCUCGACUUUGACCCCGCCGGGGGGAGGGGCAUCUCGGGGUCCUCGGAGAGAGCCCUCGCCUCCUGGACGCUUGACGGACAGCAGAGCCUCCAGCUCCAGGACUCGGUCGAGGUGGUGAACCCGGGGUUCUCCCAGCUCCGCGUGCGCCAGGACCGGCGUAUCCUGGCGACGGCCGGGUGGGACCACCACGUGCGCCUGUUCGGCUGGAAGAGGCUGAGGCCGCUGGCCGUCCUCCGUCACCACGGCGACGCCGCGCUCUGCGUCGCCUUCUCCGACCACGGCGACCCCCGCCGGCGAGUCCUGGCGGCCGGCUCGAAGGACCAGCGGAUCAGCGUCUGGUCGGUGUACAGCGACGCGUGAGAGGGGACGACCACCGGGGGGCGCUGUGCCGUUAGCCGGGACGCGUCCGCACCUGCACCUUGGACCUGUGCCAUGGAUCACGUGACCGCGCCAGGUCACAUGACCGCUUCAAGCGAGAGGGCUGAUACUCUGCGGUGGUCUUCGUCACAGUCGACUGCAGCGAAGCUGUGCUGGGAUGACGGAUCCUUUGUUAUUGAAGCAGAUAGUAAAGUCAGAGCCUGAAAUUAGCCUGCUGGCCCCACACACAGCUUUCCCUCCUUUGGCAGGUUUACAGUGUUGGUCCUGGAGCUGGUUCAUAUGAAGGUGUUAAAUCAACUCUUGUGUGCAUGUUACUCAAAUAGCAGUCCACAACCUCCCAAAAACAGAUGUACUCAUUAAAAUGAAUUAUUUUGCAGAACCAAAUAUUUUCUAAUAGUAUAAUAACAACUGCACUCUGCACAGUAAGAUGCAGUAGAAAUUAGAACACCUUCAGCUGAAAUCUGGUUUUCCUGAGUAGAUUAUUCGGGCCUGGUGCCACACGCAUUCCGUAAAACGGGAAUCGGUUCAGGCCUUUUUAUGUGCAUGAAGUCCCGCCGCGGGUCUGGCUUUCCAGGUAAAGCGUGAAACCUCAGCCGGCGCUGGAGCGGCGACUGGCUCCUUCUCCGCGGCUCCUGGAUCCCGGCGCUCGCCCCGCUCGGAAAAGGCCGGCCUGCAGUUUUCCCCGGAGCCGAGCCGGAACGUCGGCACGGGAAGCCUUUGUGCCGUUCCAAAAUAAAGCCCUAAAUUACCGCCGGCAUUCGGUCUUCCCAAAAAAAAAAAAAAAUUCUUCAAAAUGUUUUAUUUUUUAAAAAUUUUUUACUCCUGUUGUCAAUUCCUCAUGCUGGACCCCCCUGAGACUCAAGCGGAGGAAUCUUAAUCCUCUCUCCUGUCAGGUUUUUUAAAUUAUUUUUGUGUUUUAUUCUGUUUGCUUUGCUGGUGGGAGGUUUGCUCCAGUGGGGUCGCCUUUCUUUAGCGUACGGUGCGGUGGUCCGAUCCCUGUUGCGUUUUUUUUCUUUCUUUUUUCCCAAAAAAAACUACGCCCCUCUCAGUUUAACAUCGCCCUUUGCCUUGACCCAGACCACAUUCGUCACCUCGGGGAUAAUCAGGCCGCGCAUACGCCUCCAAACGCCGGCGUUUUGUUUACGAGAUCGAUUAGGAAAAAGCCCUUCCUCCGUUUAGCACCCCCCGAGAAGAAGAAGGAGGGGGGAGCGGGGGGGGGGAACGAGGGGUGAAAAGGGCAGACUCGGCAUUUCUCUUGCGCCGCGACACGUCGCCAUUGAGCCCGCAGGAUGCUGGGAAACGCAGGUGCUGAUCGGUGGGGAUCGGUGUUUGUGGAGCGUGGCGUGGUCGCUAGCCGUCGGCCGUCGUGCAUUGUUCCACGCGGUUCUUUUGUCUUUCCUCAGGGGUUGGUGUGUGUGUGGGGUGGCCAGAACUGACCUCUGGAGUAAGGCUCUAAAUGUGUCUGUGUGUUAAGGGUCUGUUUUUUUCCAGCAUCUAACCUUCAGCUGUACUGUUGACUUUAUUGUAAUGGUAAUAAUGGAUUUAUGCAUUUAUAUAGCACUUAUCAGGGUCUCAAAGUGCAUUAUAGUGCAUUAUAAGCGCAAGAGGGGAGACUUUCACCACUGUGUACACCCAACAGUUUUCAGUUUGUGUAGAUCACUGGCAGUGCAAAAAUAAAUGUGAUUGUGUACAUUG